AUGUCGCUAUACUCUGCUCAGCGCUUGAUCAGUGCUGAACACUGUGUCUCUGGUCCGAUCAAGCCCACCAAGGGCUUAGUUGCGGGCUGCCCAUUUGCGCCUGGUCUCAGUAAGAUCCCUUUUGACGAGAUCCUGCGCCCGGCAUGGGUUUCUGGCCUUGCCAAAACCAUUGAUCUCUACAUUCACGAUACUAGCUUUGACACUGAGGCUGGUAACCCCCACACAGCAGCGCGCCGGGCGGUGCAAUUGUAUAAGGCUGUGGUUGGAGGUUUGACAACUGCUGGCCUCCCAGUCAGCCUUGGCAAGACAGCUUUUGUAUGCUCGUCUCAAAAAGUUGAAGCUGCCCUUAAAGAGUAUCUUCCUGAAUCUGAUCAAAUCAAGAAUGCCGCGAAGGACCUGGGGAUUGAUUGUACGGCUGGGCGCAGAAGGCGCAUUCCGUUCCACCGUAAAAGGUUUGGGAAGGGCGUUAAGCGCAAGGCUAGGCUCUCGACCCUGCGUGUGAAAUCGAUGCCAGCUAGGGUCAGAGCCCUGAGGGCGGGGGUCCAAACUGUGGGCCUUUAUGGCCAUGAGGCAGUUGGGCUUGCGCCAAAGCGUAUGCAUUGGUUGCGUGCUUCCUUCGCACAUGAGUUGGGGCGAAUGUCUUUGGGCUCUGUUGACCUCACCAUUGACCAUGCUUGCCCUAAGCGGCCGGACCCGGCCUUUACUAUAAUUUCCCAGCACUUCAAGGCCAUUCACAGGCUUCUGGGCUUCAUUCCCGAUAGCCAAAGGCAGCACUUUGAUGAUGUCUUGCCGGGUAUGUGGCUUGAAUACUCACAGGCGGAGUACCCCUGGAAGCGCGCUGCAGGGCCGGUUGGGGCCCUCCUAUGUUACCUGCUUGACUUGGGUUGGACCCCGGUCAGUGCGGACACUUGGAAAUGCCCUGAACAAUCGCACAGCAUCACCACCAAAGUAGGCAUGCACCACCUCCUUUGCUCCCUAUCUAAGGAAACUGAUAGGUGGCGGCUCGCACGUAUAGCCCAGCACGACAUGCUUGAACCUCUGAGUGUGGGAAUUGAUUGGGUUCCCCUCAGAAAGCUUCGGACUAAGAUGCCAGGCCAGGAGAGGUCAGGACUCAUGGCUGUUUGGCAAGGAGCGAUUCGUGCUGAUCCUUGUGCCACUUGCCUGAGGUGCGGCUGUGCUGCUACCAUGCAACAUGUCUUAUGGGAGUGUGACUGGUGGCGAACCAACCUCCCGGAACCGGCUUCCUUUCCUAGAUUUCGGCAAGAGUGGCCCAUUUCGUCACUGUGGGCCAGAGGCCUUCUGCCGACUUCGCCUUACCCUGAUGAUGGGGAAUGGGUACGAACUACUGGUGCCUGGUGUGAUGGCCAGGGCAUUUGUGGCGAGGCGAUAUACUUUGCUACUGAUGGCUCCCCGGGGAAAUCCAAGGACCCCAGGUUCCAUCGGUAUACCUGGGCUGCGAUUGCCUUUAAGCUUGAAGGGGAUGAGCCCGUCACGAUCGCGACAGCUGUCGGCUCACUGCAAUCUCCGCUAUCGGUGUUCCGGGCGGAGGCAGCGGCUGUCAAGUUUGUUGCUGAGCAUAGUGAAGGGAACGCAGACCUCACCUUGGAUUGCAAGGGCAUCCUGCCCAGAGUGAAUGGUACACCUUCCAUCCAGUCUGCCGAUCUCUUCGACCCCAUCCGACUGCAUGCACAGAGACUCAGCCUUAACUGGGUAUCCUCGCAUUUAACGGAAGAACAAUUCCGAGCAAAGUUUGGUGCUAACCAGCUUUGGAGGCGACGUGCUAACGAAAUUGUGGACCAGCUUGUUGGCACGGCUGCCGAAGCUCGUAGGGACCUGAACUUUGAAUCCCAAAUUAAAAAGCGUGAUGCUGUUGCCAUUCAGGUUAACUCCUUGUUGGCCAAGAGAGCUGCAGCUCUCUUUUCGUAUGACAAGGACCAAGGACCGCUGGUUCAGCGGAGAAGGGUGGAACCGCAGGAUGAGCAAGCCCCUGAGCCCGGGCCACAACACGUGCAACCCCCUGAGCCCUUGGUGGAUAACCAGGCUCAGGGGAGGAGGAAUCCUGGAGUCGUGCUUCGGGAAAAUCCUCAGCUUGAGCAGCACAAUCCUGUGCACCGCCCCCCAGCCGUGGUGGCAAACCAGGCUGAGAGGGAUGAAGCUCCUGGAAUUGUCCUUCGGGAGAAUCCCCAUGCACCUGGGGCUGGUCCGGUUUUGGGUGCCCCAGACCAGGACAGCUGCUCUGAAGAAAGCGAGGAGGAGCCAAUGGUGCCUGAUCCCAUUGUGCAUCCCGAGCCUCCUCCAGCACCGCCAGCUGCGCCUAUGCUGCCUGCCCCGUUGAACUUUGACGAUAUGGAUCAGGAAGCGGGCGCAGCCUUUGCUAUUGCUGAGAGAGCUCGCAAUACCAAGCCAGGAUUGGUGGCUUUCAAAUCCGAUCUGGGCUAUCCUGGUGUCUUCCAGGCCCUCCCCAAGGACCUGAUCCAUGUGUGGUUCAAUGACACGGGGGACAGCACUGCGGCGUAUAUCCACAAUGGAAGAACCAGAUUCGGAUAUGACGCUGGUGGUGGCUACGUCUUGAAGGUUGGGACGAAGCAGGCGUUUGGAGAUGAGGUGGCGAUUUCGGCCUUGCUUCCUAAGGUGGCAGCCACCAUCAUUGGGGCUGGAUCUACGACACUGCAGGUGCUGCUCUCUGGGCGACCAUGGGAGUUCAGGUCCCAUUUGGUGGCUUGGUCGAUGGUGGAAAAAGUCGAGCUCCUCACGGAUUUUGGUUCUCGGAACCAGAUCCACCCUCAGUGGUCCUUGUAUGCCUUCGCCCUCCUUUUGCAAUUGAGCCGUCAUUUUGCUCUUCGUGAUGUGUCAAAAACCAACCUGGGAAUUAAACCAGGACUCAGUGCUGCGACGCCCAUGUUGUGUUUUUUCGAUCUCGCGGAUUGGCACUUCGAAGGGCUUAAUGCUGGAAGUUGGAUUCCCAAGUAUAGCUUGCGCAGCUUCAUCGAGACCCUUCGAUGUGUCUGUGACGUCACGCCGUUGGAGCCGUAUCUCCGCAGGCAGGCGGUGGUCCCUUGCCUCAACGAUAUCAUUGCAGUUCUCCCCGCUGCGCUCAAGGCAAACUUGGAAAUCCAAAUGGUCCUCAUGGACGGCCGACUCUCUGAUUGGGCUCACCUUGCUGCAUUGGCUAACCAAUAA